UAAAGGCGGAAACGUGUAACCUAAUAUAUUUUAUAGAACGCUUAUGCCAUUUAGAGCCGUUUUCAAUGGUGGGCAAAUGUGCCUGAGAAGUGUGGGUUAGACUGUGUUUACCCGUCGCGCUUGGUACGGUCCAGUUUGGAGGCCACGCAAACGAGCAGAGGCACAAUAGCUAUCCCAUCAGCUGUCGUGCUGGUGUGGCGUGAACCGUUCCUCUUCUCUCUUCUUUUUUUGGUUUUUACGAACUUUUCUUUUCUUGUCGCCGCAUCAUUGGGGGAAAGAAGAAGAAAGGGUGAUUUUUUUCCCCUGGCUCUUUUAUUUUACUUUACUCAUUACUUUAUUUUACGCUGCGUUUUUACAGUUGUAACAUUUUCGAUUCAUUUAACUUAAUUUUUGAGGGAUUUUUGCCCCCUUUUUUUCCCAAGACACCCGUUCAUCCCACCCGCCUCCCGUUUUCACUUCCAGCGUUUUCCGUUGGGAAAGCGGGAUAGCUCUGGGCGUGCUGGCGACUGACUAGCGAGUGACUAAAAAACCCAAGUUUUUUUUUCACCGCCGCUGCCGGAGGAAUGCUAGCUACGAUCGGAGAGGGAGAGCCGAGAAGCGCAUGAUUGAAUUCUAAAUAAAAAUGGAAUGCCAAAAUAUUGACACCGGUUUGGAGGAAACGCCACUGCCAGUUGAGAAAUCGGUCCUCUCUGCUCCAGACUCCAGUCCUAAGGACCAGGAUGGAGUGAAGGAUGGAGAGAGGGUGAAAGAUGGAGAGGGGGUGAAGGAUGGAGAGGAGGCGAAGACCCCGCUGAAAACAGACCCCCCCACCAAACCCGACCCGGCCCCCGCCCGGCCCGCAGAGACCCCCCCGAAACGGGACUCGCCCUCCACCCCCGGGCCAAGCAGCAGCCCCCGCCCCAAAAAAGAUGGAGUUAAAUCAGAAGAACGACAGAAACAGGCGAAAGAGCGCAGAGAGGAGAGGGCCAAAUACCUGGACGAGCGCUCGCAGCUGCAAGCGGCGAAGAAGACGCAGUGGCUGGAGAAGGAGGAGAAGGCGCGGAGGCUGCGGGAGAGGCAGCUGGAGGAGCGCAGGAGGCGCCUGGAGGACCAGCGGCUGAAGGCCGAGAAGCGGCGCUCCGCCCUGGAGGAGAGGCAGCGGCAGAAACUGGAGAAGAACAAGGAGCGAUACGAGGCGGCCAUCCAGCGGUCCACGAAGAAGACCUGGGCAGAGAUCCGCCAGCAGAGGUGGUCCUGGGCCGGGGGGCUGAGCCAGAACUCCAGCCAGCGCGAGAGCAGAUGCUCAGUGUCAGCGGUGAACCUGCCCAGACACGUGGACUCGGUUAUGAGCAAGAGGCUCUCCAAGUCCUCUGCCACGCUCUGGAACUCCCCGAACCGAACCCGCAGCCUGCAGCUGAGCCCGUGGGAGAGCAGCAUCGUGGACCGGCUGAUGACCCCCACGCUCUCCUUCCUCGCCCGGAGCCGCAGUGCAGCCAGCGUCAUGAGCAAGGACGCCCAAUCCCCUCUGUGCCCGCGUUCGGCCUCAGCGAGCCCCCUGACGCUGUGCCAGCACCCCCGCGCCCCCCACCGCUGCUCCGAGCGCUGGAAGGUCUCGGCCAGCACCCCCGACAUCACCCAGCGCCCGCGGAGACGGGACUCCACCCCGAUGGAGAAGAAGAAGAAAGAGAAGAAGGAUAAGGAGCGGGAGAACGAGAAGGAGAGGAGCGCGCUGACCAAGGAGAGGGUGCUGAAGAAGAGACAGUCCCUCCCCAGCAUGAAGCACAGAGCUGAGCCCAGCACCAGUCUUCUGCCCAAAAACCGGCCCGCCUCCCCCCACCCCCCCAAGGGCCGCCCCGCCUCCCCCCUCGUCCCCAAAGGCCGCCCCUCCUCCCCCAGUCCUGCCGCGUCCCCCAAACCCCCGCCCCCCCGCGGGACCCCCACCGCCCCGAAAACCCGGCCCAAGAGGGCCCAGACCCCCGCCCGGGUCGAGCCCAGGACCGCCUCUCCCGUCGCCACGGAGACCGCCCGAUUGUCACGCCGACCCGCCACUCCCGACGAGGCCAAGGGCUCUGCUGCCGUCCCCUCCAUUGUGGUGUCCACUGCCCCGGCCACGCCCCCUUCCCUCAGCACACCAAUCACGGCGGCGGCCUCCCCGGGCCCGGACGCCAGCCCCGCCCCCUCCGGCCGGCCCAUCGCCGGGACGACGGACCGAGAGGAGGCUGCGCGCAUCCUGGCUGAGAAACGCAGACAGGCCCGCGAGCAGAGAGAGAGGGAGGAGCAGGAGCGCAAAGAGCAGGAGGAGAGAGAGCGGGUUCUGCGGGAGGAGCGUAAGGUGUUGGAGGCGCAGGAGCGCAGGCUGAGGGAGGAGGAGGCGCGGCGCAUGCAGGAGGAGCAGAAGCAGCGGGACGAGGAGCAGCGGCUGCAGGAGGAGAAGGAGGCGCAGGAGAGAGCUCGCGCCGAGGAGGAGGAGAACCUGCGUCUGCAGAAACAGAGAGAGGAGGCGGAGGCGAAGGCCCGGGAGGAGGCGGAGCGCCAGCGCCUGGAGCGGGAGAAACACUUCCAGAAGGAGGAGCAGGAGCGCCUGGAGCGCAAGAAGCGUCUCGAGGAGAUCAUGAAGAGAACACGCAAGACGGACACGGGAGAGAAGAAAGAUGCCAAACCUCCAUCUGCCACCCAGGUGAACGGCAAGGAUGCCAAACUGGACACAGAGAGCAGCAAAGGCUCCGCAGAGUACCAGCCCAGCUCCGGGGCCACACUGUCCAAUAAGGAGACAGAGGAGGGCCAAUCACAGAGCAGUGACAAAGAGAGCGCUCCUGUUCCCGUCGUGAACGGGGUCCCGCCCCUGAAGCACGAGAACGGCCUGUCGGGCAAGGGGGAGGCGGCCGACUUCGAGGAGAUCAUCACGCUGUCCAAUCACAGCGGCAGCAACGGUGGGGGGCGGGAGAAGCCGGAGAGUGACGCGCCGGCCGAGCCAAUCCUGGCCUUCGAGGGCGGGGAGCCCUUCCUGAAGAAAGCAGGCCCCAUGAAGCCCCAGCAUGUCGCAGAAGUGCUGUGAAAGGGGACCUGUUCCUGAAAGACGAGCCUUACGCCACCUUGGGCGAUCGAGCGAGAGCGAGAGAGAGAGCGAGCGAGUGUGGCGGGGGCGUGGCUUAGGAGAGAGGAAGGGGAGGGGCCUCGGCCUCCAGGAUUCCGCACCACACAGCUUACACACAGAACUAUGACAUCAUCCCGACCGCUCUGUCCGUCAUACGUCAGAUGCCACGCCCACUUCUGUCCCCGCCCCAGCGGAGGGAAGCACCAAUCAGACGAGUCUAUGUAUCUCCACACCUCCCCCCCCCCCCCCCCCCGGCGCCAUGGCAACAUGGCACAGCAAGUGCAACGUUUCACCCCAAAUUUGCCACCUUAAAAGACUGACAGCAGCGUAACUCAUCGUAGACCAUCAGACCAGAAAAUGCACACACACACACACAGUAUUUGUCCAUUACAAGUACAAUUAUUGUUAUUAUUAUUAUUAUUAUUCUUCAGUUCGACAGGAAAAAAAAAAUGAAAAAAUGAAAAUGAAAGCGUGCUGGUUAUUUUUGUCUUUAAUGAUUUAGUUAUUUAACUUGAAGAGAAAUGUAACUACUGGGUACAGUGUAUGUGAAUAAUGUAAAUGAGCCUGUGGAAUAAAAGGUUUAAGAAAGGGA